AUGAGUCAUGUCCUGGGCCUGCAGUUGAUGAGGGAAGCGCCGCCUCUCCUAGGGCCCCUUCUCUCCCCCUUUCCUCCCGCUGGUUCCUGGCGCAGCCAGAUGCUGCGCAGCGAUCCCUUCACCAGUUCGGCGGGGGCGCCCCACAAGGACGCAGGCAAGAUGAACAUUCUGGCGCCGGUGCGGAGGGACCGCGUCCUGACGGAGCUGCCCCAGUGCCUGAGGAAGGAGGCCGCUUUGCACGUGCACAAAGACUUCCAGCCCCGCGUCACCUGCGCCUGCCAGGAGCACAGGACAGGCACCGUGGGAUUUAAGAUCUCCAAGGUCAUUGUGGUGGGCGACCUGUCAGUGGGGAAGACUUGUCUCAUUAAUAGGUUCUGCAAAGACACCUUUGAUAAGAACUACAAGGCCACCAUCGGAGUGGACUUUGAGAUGGAACGAUUUGAGGUGCUGGGCGUCCCGUUCAGUCUGCAGCUCUGGGACACUGCUGGACAGGAGAGGUUCAAGUGCAUCGCAUCAACCUACUACCGAGGAGCUCAAGCCAUCAUCAUUGUCUUCAACCUGAAUGAUGUGGCCUCCUUGGAGCAUACCAAGCAGUGGCUGGCUGAUGCGCUCAAGGAGAACGACCCUUCCAGCGUGCUUCUCUUCCUCGUGGGUUCCAAGAAGGACCUGAGUACUCCCGCUCAGUAUAUACUGAUGGAGAAAGACGCACUCAAGGUGGCCCAAGAGAUGAAGGCCGAGUAUUGGGCAGUCUCAUCCCUUACUGGUGAAAAUGUCCGGGAGUUCUUCUUUCGUGUGGCGGCGCUGACCUUUGAGGUCAAUGUGCUGGCUGAGCUGGAGAAAUCGGGAUCCCGGCGCAUAGGGGAUGUUGUCCGCAUCAACAGUGAUGACAGCAACCUCUACCUAACUGCCAGCAAGAAAAAGCCCACGUGUUGCCCGUGAUGGGUAAGGGACUGUCCAGAGACUGCCCGCCCCAGGGCACUGUGCCACCUUGACUCCCCCAGAAUUCAACCCCAGGACAUUUGCACUGACUGUUUUUCCAGACCAAAGAGCUGCCUCUUGGUGGCAGUAUUCCUGGAGAGGUACUUGGGACCAUGCUAGUCACUUCCUGCCCCCAGGCACUGUGUCAAAACCUGGAUGCCCCUCUCUCUCCAAGGUGCCCAGUGUGGGGAGGUAAGAGGGCCCUGCUGCUCUUACUCAGCCGCUGGGCCCUCUAGGUUUCAGGAUGCUUAAUGGUCCUAGUCUCACACUAUGCCUUAUGCAUUAAAAUUUCUGUCAUUAGCA